GCACUAUCUCAUAGUCUCAACUACUUCUUGAACUUGUCCAAACUCUCUAAUUUUCAAGAAAAUAAAAAACUAAGUAUAUAAUUUUUCAUGUACCCAAGAAGAAACACAGCCUCCUCAAUUUUGGAGGUCUUUUCACUAAAUCCUUUGCCUUAUCCAGUACUUUUAUUUUUAGCUGUGAUUUUCAUUUUUCUUGGUAUUCAAUGGUUUGUUUCAUAUGAAGAAGUGAUGGAGGCUACUGAAGAAAGUUUUGGUUGGAUACUUAUGGCUGUGCCACUGGUGUUGUUAUUCGCCGUCCGGUGGUUGUCCACGGUGGACACGCCUGAUUGGUUUUCCGGAGGGUCGCCGUGGGAUCGGCGGCGGAGGAUGUAUCAGCUGCCGUCGGAAGGAAGCUCGCCGUGGGGGGUGGCUGCUUUGAUUGUGUUGUUAUUAGUGUUGUUGCAGUACCAGUCUACUUUUCUUGAUAUGUGGUUCUUAUAGUUCUUAUUAUUAAUUACAAGUGGAAUUAAGGAUAUGUAAGUUGUAUAUACGUAACUACUUGUAAUUCAACCUCUCACUUUUAGGUGGAAAUCAUUUUUGCAUUACUAUUA